AUGUCCGCCCAAACCCACGACCAGAAGCCGCAGCAUGUCUCUAUCUCACCCCUCCUCAAGAGACUCGCCUACCCCGCUACGGAACGUCGAGUUGAAGCUUCUGAGAUUGCUUCAGCAUUCGCGCUGAUUUUCGAAGAUGGGAUCUCGCACAUUCAGACAGCAGCUCUUCUGACGCUCUUGCAUUCCACGGGAUUGGAUCGUGAUGCGGAAGUCAUUGCCAAAUGCUCCCACCGCAUGCGCGAGGCCGCUCGCCAGGUCGACCGGCCUAGCUUGAAGGCUGCUAUCCAGUCGCGGGCAAAGAAGGAGGGCAACUACAGGGGUGGUCUGUGCGAUAUUGUUGGUACCGGUGGAGAUUCGCAUUCUACCUUCAACAUUUCCACGACCUCCUCGAUCAUCGCUUCCCCUCUCCUCAUGACCGCCAAACACGGCAACCGCGCGCAGACCUCUUUCUCCGGAUCCGCCGAUGUCCUGAACGCUGUUACCCCUGUUCCCCCGAAGAUUGGCGCAAUCACUGCUGAGAACCUAAGCCAGGUCUACGCCGAGACCAAUUACUCCUUCCUCUUUGCCCCCAACUUCCACUUUGGAAUGAUGUACGCGGACCCGGUGCGUCGUGGACUCGGACUUCGGACAAUUUUCAAUCUGAUGGGACCUCUCGCCAACCCAGUCGAUUGGGCCAUCGAGGCGCGUGUUGUUGGUGUGGCCUACCAGAGCUUGGGACCGGUGUUUGUGGAGGCUUUGCGACAGAACGGCUGCAAGAAGGCGUUGGUUAUUUGCGGUGAAGAGGAUUUGGACGAGAUCAGCUGCGCAGGAAAGACAAACUGCUGGCAAUUGUCGGAAUAUCCUAACCCCGCGUAUGACAACUCCCAUGAUGAUGAUUGCUCCUGUGAUGACGAAGAGGUCCCCCGCAGUUUGGUCAAGAUGGAGACCUUCCAAUUGCAGCCGUCCGACUUUGGCCUGCCAACCCACCCUCUUUCCGAAGUGGGCGGCAGAAAGAUGCCCAAGGACAACGCAGCCAAGCUGAUGAGCAUUCUGCGAAAUGAGCUGCCUCGUGACGACCCAAUCCUGAGCUUCGUGCUCAUGAACGUGGCUGCCCUUCUGACGGUGUCGGGUAUCUGCGAAGCGGACACUAGCAACAUGGGCCCUGGCGAUGACGGUCAGGUCAUCACCGAGCGUGGCCCCGGUGGCGGGCGCUGGAAGGAGGGUGUCCGGCGAGCCCGGUGGGCCGUCGAGAGCGGUGCUGCGCUCAAGUCCUUCGAGAAGUUCGUCGAAGUCACGAACAAACUGUAA